CCCGCCCCCGUCCCCCGCCUCCCGGCUGGUGACAGCCCGGGCCUCCCGGCGGCCGCGGCAGUGCUGGCCUCCUCCUCCGCCUCCGCUGCGCCCGGCCCGCUCCUCCGGCCUCGCCGCAGUCAUGGCUGCUGAUGGGGUGGACGAACGCUCGCCCCUGCUGUCGGCAGCCCACUCGGGGAAUGUCACUCCCACUGCUCCGCCGUACUUGCAAGAAAGCAGCCCCAGAGCAGAACUCCCACCUCCAUAUACAGCUAUUGCCAGUCCAGAUGCCAGUGGUAUUCCUGUAAUCAACUGCCGCGUGUGCCAAUCUCUAAUCAAUUUGGAUGGCAAACUUCACCAACAUGUGGUUAAAUGCACGGUUUGCAAUGAAGCUACGCCAAUCAAAAACCCCCCAACAGGGAAGAAAUAUGUUAGAUGCCCUUGUAAUUGUCUCCUCAUUUGUAAGGACACAUCUCGGCGAAUAGGAUGUCCGAGACCUAACUGUAGACGCAUAAUUAACCUUGGUCCAGUAAUGCUUAUUUCUGAAGAACAACCAGCUCAGCCUGCAUUGCCAGUCCAACCAGAAGGUACAAGGGUCGUGUGUGGGCACUGUGGAAACACAUUCCUGUGGAUGGAACUGAGGUUCAACACUCUGGCAAAGUGCCCACACUGCAAAAAAAUUUCUUCAGUGGGUAGUGCACUUCCACGAAGGCGCUGCUGUGCAUACAUUACCAUUGGAAUGAUAAGUAUUUUCAUUGGAGUUGGAUUAACUGUUGGCACCCAAGAUUUUGCAAGACAAUUUCAUGCAACCUACAUUUCUUGGGCCAUUGCUUAUUUCUUAGGUUUGAUCUGCCUUAUCCGAGCUUGUUACUGGGGAGCCAUAAGAGUCAGUUAUCCAGAACACAGUUUUACAUAAACUUGCUUACGAUUCAGUGAUUCAGGUGAGAGUGUCUAACAGUUCUUGAUAAACUACUCUGGACAUCUUUAAAUCAUUUAUUCUAAUGGAUUCCAUUCUAGCUUAUGUAUAAUAGUUUCAAGACUUUGGGAAUCUCUUUCAAAUAAAUGCUUAUUGCACUACAUUAUAUGCAAAUAGUUUGUUUUGCUGCUGGAUUUUCAAACACAGAAAGAUAAAGCUGUGUUUUUAUGUUCUUUUAAAGCAAUUAAAGAUAUUUUUGGAUUUGUCACCAAACCUUACAUACUAUAUCACAUUUGUUUUGUUUAAAUCAGUUAUUCCAUUACUUGCUGAUCUGUGAAUGUUCCCAAAAAGUGUUUGAAAUGUUCCACAAUAGUUUCACAUUUAUACAUAUAUUUUAAUUACAGUAUCAAAAUUGCUUGCUUUAUAAUCUAAGCAAUAUUCAUUUUUGCUUGAACUGCUUACAGUAAGUUUAACCGAAGAUUAUAGUGACCUUAUUCAGGAAAAAAAUUUGAGUGUACUUUCAAAAACUUGACAUUCUUGUCAGAGAAACAUUUCUAGAUACUGUAUGCUAGUUUUUUUUGUUGUUUGUAGAAAGAUACAAUAUUUUGAUAGUAAUUUAAAAUAUGAGACUGAAAAUAUUUAUUUGUCCACUGUUGGAGAUGUUGGAUAAAUGUCUUUUCUCAAUGAUCACAGGAGUUUUUAUCUUUCAUUUUUGUCUUUUCAUUGGUCAAUUAUAAGUAAAUCUGGUCUGGAUUUACAGAAUUUAAUAUUAAUCAGCUGUAUGUAUUCCUUUAUAGAUAUCAGAGGAAGGAUUUCACAUAACAUAUUUUUACUUGCCCAUUUAAUCAAAGAUAUACUUACAUUGAGUUAUGCUCCUUUUCAUUAGAUCAUGGUAAAUUUUUCUUAUUUGGAUAAUUAUGUGCCACUUAUAUGUGCAGGAAGCCUAUGACAUUUUGCACUAGUUAAAAUGUUAAGAUUAGAGGUACUCUUACCAUUCUUCUCAAAUAUAACUGGUCAGAUAAUUAUCCAAUUUAUUCAAGAAAACAUCAAAGAUAAAGAGCAACAUAGUUUUCUAAGAAUAUGCUAGGAUUUAUGGAAUCAGCUCUUGCACUGCCUGUCUUUGCAGUUUUGAAAAGAAAUUGGUUAAUGGAAAAUUAAUGUUCUACAGUCUUUCAUGUAGUAGAAUUAGAUAAUGAGAUGAUUUGAGUAAAUUAAUUGGUGAUUCCAAGGAUAAGACUAAUAUUUUAAAUUAUUUAUGUUCCUGACUAGUAUAAAAAUGUACUCACCAGAGAGUUUGGAACAAAAUACAUGUAAACUUCAAAGAGUGAAUGAUAAAUGUACCAAUGCAGUAGCUCAGGAUUAUAUAUGUACCUUUGAAAACACACUAAUAAAGAUUAUUGUUCAAAAAUUA